UGUCAGUAUAGUAGUAGCUGUAGGACCUGCCUUGAAGUUCAGGGACUUUUAACGCCGGCCAAAGAGCGACUCCUGCACAGACCCGGACAGUCAGUCAGUCCGUCAGCCCGCUGGUCUGCGCAUCCGUCCGUCUGGCAGCACUUCACCUGAGAGCCAGUUCACACUCUUUAAUCAUACGAUGGAUUCCUGGACAGCCACCUCUGCUCUUCUUCUCGCUGGGGUUGUUUCUUCUGCGGCUUUUAGCAUUUUUGACACCGAGUGUUACACUGCCAACGGAGAGGACUACAGGGGCUUCCAGAACCAGACCAGCCUGCAUGGUGGUAAACCCUGCCUCUUCUGGAAUGAGACUUUCCAGCACCCUUACAACACUCUCAAAUACCCCAAUGGAGAGGGUGGUUUGGGCAGCCACAACUACUGCAGGAAUCCUGAUGGGGAUGUUCAGCCGUGGUGCUACAUUGCCGAUCAUGAAGACGGGAUCUACUGGAGAUACUGUGACAUCCCUACAUGCCAGAUGCCUGGGAACUUGGGUUGCUUCAAAGACAGCGGCGACCCGCCCACACUGUCCGGCACCAGCGAGACCUCCAACAAACUCACCAUCCAGAACUGCAUUAGCUUCUGUAGGAAGCAGAGAUACAAGCUUGCCGGCAUGGAGUCAGGAUAUGCCUGCUUCUGUGGCAAUGAAGUGGACCAGCGUGACCCCGGCGAGUCGCCUAGCAUGGAGUGUAACCAUGUUUGCUUCGGCGACCACACCCAGCCCUGCGGUGGAGACGGCUGGGUCAUCAUCUUCGACACCCGAGUGGGGGCCUGCGGUGGAAACUACUCUUCUCCAUCAGGAGUGAUCUACUCCCCUGACUUCCCCGACAAGUACGGAGCUGGCCGUGUUUGCUACUGGACUGUCCAGGUCCCUGGAGCCUACGCCAUCCUCUUCAACUUCACUUUCUUUGAGAUCUCCGACCAGACGGACAUGGUGGAGCUCCUGAACGGCUACACCAACCAGGUGUUGGCACGCUUCGACUGGCGCAGCCCGCCGAGGGAGCUGGUGAACGUCACAGGCGACUAUGUCAUACUGUACUUCUACUCAGACCGCACCAACCAGGCCCAGGGAUUUGCUCUGCUUUACCAAGCACUGACAAGCCAAGACACCAGAACAAUGGAGGCUGAAGGAGAUGAGGAGGAUGAAGGAGAGGACGUCUCCAGCACGGCGGGCCCGCAGCUAGCUGGCGGCGUCACCGAGCGAUCCAACAGCACCUCUAACGGAGGUUCCUCCCAGAUCGUCUACGUGAUCACGUCCAGCCCCGGUAAACCGGAGCACAACAUGCCAGGUCAGUGGGCUGGACGCGGCGAGACCACCGGCCACAGCGCUAUGUGGACCAUUUACGCUCUGGCUGCUCUCCUCAUUCUGACAGUCAUAGCCAUGCUGGCGAAGCUGCUGCUGCAUAUCACGGUCAAGUCUCCAAACAUCCCAACGGUCAGCGGUUCAGACAGCUGCAGCCAGAGCACGGCGUCCUCUGAGCCUUGGAUCAUCCUGUAUCGACCCUCGACCAUCUCCCUCUUCAAGAAGAAGCUAAAGAACCACCACGGCGACCUCAGCCCCCUGGUGGGCAACUAGCGCCCCCGCUGCGCUCCACCGUUAACCAAACGCUACCGCCACCCACAACUUCUCUGUACAAGGGCCGUCAGAUGCAAGGCCUUCAGACAAUGAAACUAUAUGAGGCGCUACGCCAACAAGCCAACAACUGAGUGGCUAAUGACAAGUGACUGAGUGACUGCUACCAAAUGGCCCGUGGGCCCAAGUGGCUAGGCCCUCCCAUCCUGUUCAGCACCAAAGAGGAGCGGGACAGGCAGGGCUGUCAGUGACCUCAGUGUGGGAGAGGAGAGCGGAGGAGGACGAUCUGCAGCUCUGACAAACAUACAAGGCGGAAAGUGAGGCUCCAUUUCCAUCACCCACAGAUGUCCAUAGCAAUCAGCAUACCUCCAAAAACCCUUCCAGACUGCAGGCUCACCAGUGAAAACACAACCCUAGCCGGGUGCAGAUUAACGGCUAACUUCACUGUCUGUGUUCAGUUUAGGAAACAGGGAGGUUUACCUCUUCCCAGUGCUUCAGAGUCACAACCGACUCUUCAUCAGCAUCAAAGAGAGGAUGAAGAAACGGAGUCUUUGAUACACACAUGGUGUAACACUUAGCAGUUUUGUAUAACUCCUCUAACUGCCUCAUAUGGAUGAUGAACACUCGCAGCCAAAAAACAGAAUCCUCCCAUCCCAAAGAGUAUUUAUUUGUCUUUUUGAUUCCAUAUGCAAAGUGCUCAUGUUUCUUUUUGAUGUGCUUCACGUGACAACUAGCUUUCUGAGGAGAGGGAAAGAGGACACGGAAACGUCGUGCAGAAGGUAGAUAUCACAGCACUUUGGGGAUGAAUCACUCGCCGUAAAAAGGAAAAGAUCAGAGAGCGCUCUCGCCCACUCAGCGCUCAUGUGGAUUUGGGUGGAGAGAUAAGU